AUUGACAUUUUGUUCGCACGUGUCAUAUGACUAUCGAAACGGCGGCGAAUAACCUAAUCGCUUCAAACUUGCUGAAGCGUUGUUGUAUUUUGUAGAUUUUAAAAACGUUCAAAUGGAUAUAGAGGGUGGUACAUACGAACCAGGAUUCGUUGGAAUCCGAUUUUGUCAAGAAUGCAACAACAUGUUGUAUCCUAAAGAAGACAAGGAAAAUCGCAUUCUGCUCUAUGCAUGUAGGAACUGUGACUAUCAACAAGAAGCAGACAAUAGCUGCAUAUAUGUCAACAAGAUCACCCACGAGGUUGAUGAGCUGACACAAAUCAUUGCAGAUGUGUCUCAGGAUCCAACACUACCCCGGACAGAGGACCACCCUUGCCCAAAGUGUGGCCACAAGGAGGCAGUGUUUUUCCAGUCCCACAGUAUGAAGGCUGAGGAUGCCAUGAGAUUAUACUAUGUCUGCACAGCCCCUCACUGUGGACACCGCUGGACAGAGUGAGCAGGAAGAGGAAGAGACCUUAACGUAGGCAUCUGCAGGAUCUGACUUGUCCAACAAGCAACUGUCUCACUGCAAUUAACUGUGGCUUUAAUUUAAAAAAAGUUAUUUUUUUAGUUAGUUAUUUUUGGUUUAAAAUAGUCCGCUAAAUCACUUUUGUCCAGGAAUUAUGACUUUGUUAUUUAAUGUUAGACAGUGCUUUAAGGAAUAAAUAAGAUUUCUAUGGUCUACUUAAAGGUGCUGCUACAUGUGAUUCCAUAUGCAGGAAAAGAUUGGUGAAUUACAAAAACAUAAUGUUAUAACAAUAAUAUUAUUUUUCUUUUAAAAAAGAAAUAUGCUCUGUCACUCUAUCAAUCACCAGUGAUAAUCUUUGAAUUGUAACAUGGUUCCCUACACUAUAUAGUUCAUAAUUUCUCAUGUAAACAUCGAGCAAGAGAACUGUUUAGAUUUUGAGCAACCAGGAAAUAUAUGUAAUGCAUACUAUGACAUGUAGCACCUGUGGUAUUAACUUUGGAUGUUGUAGCGAAAUGCCUUAAUGCGUUAUUGAGAUGAGGUAUAAAUUCUAGUACUUUUUACAAACUUUCCUGAAUAAAACUUUUUUUAUAAUA